AUGAAUGAUAAGUUGGACAGACUCUUGAUGAGCCAGCAAAGGAAUGUCCAUUUCGUCUCUAAAGAAGACCCUUUCCAGAUUCCAGAUAGGGAGGGAAAACAUUCUAAGGAGAUAAGCUAUGUCCAGAAUCAAGGUGGAUACAACACAAGAUACAACUCCUAUAAGCAAAACCCCAAUCUGUCUUAUAGAAGCACCAUUGUUGCAAAUCCACAAGAUGAAGUAUAUCCACCUCCACCACAGCAGCAUGGGCAAAACAAGUCAUUUGUGCCUUACAACCAAGGUUAUGUGCCCAAACAACAAUUUCAGCAAGGUUACCAAGCUCCAACUGGACCACCACCAGGAUUCCAACCUCAACAAGCUCCGCUACCUCAGGCACAAGAUCAAGACAUGAAAAACAUGCCGCAACAGCUAUUAUAA